AGUACUUGCUGUCCUCGAAGUUAACUCCAGCACAUCACUCUCAAAACUCCCUGCCUGCCUAGAGAGAUCGACUUUCCAAAACUCCACAAACCUCACCAUCUCUCAGUUUCCAACCUUUUCAAAGAACUUGACACCAUGAAGGGCAUCGCCAACUUCCUCGCCGUCGCCAUGUGGGCCGGAGCAUGCACCAACGCAGCGGCCGUCCCCGCGCUGACAAGCCCCAACGAAUCCUCGCUGGAGCUGCGCGGCGCCGCGAUGACGCCCAGCAGUCCAGGCUCGCCGGUGCAGGGACGCAGCAUCGGCGUGUACCGGCCGAUCAAGUCGGCGGCCAACACGGCCCUGUGCCUGGAGCCGGUCGGGGGCCGGCUGGUGUUGAACCCGUGCGCCAACACGGCAAACCAGUUCUGGGGGCCCUUCCACAACGGCGGCACCAUCUACCGCUUCCAGAACCGCGGCAACGUCGACUGCAUGUGGGUCGACGACGGCACCACCACCAAUUCGCCCGUCACCACCAACGAGUGCACUCUCUCCGACGGCACCGGAAACUCUGUGAGCAACGCCGAGUGGGACCUCGGCGUCAAUGUGCCUCCCAGCACGUUCACCACCAUGCGCACCCACGUCGGCGGCCACACAAACAACCUCUGCAUCACCGCCUCGGGCACCAGCGUCUUUAUGCGCACCUGCGCAUCCACCCCUGGUAAUGACCAGCGCUGGGCAAUUGGCUCGGACUAAUUAGAACCGAGGACAAGUCUAAAAGCUCCUGUCGUUGCUGUUGUGAAAGCCGGGGUCAUGAAGGGCAGCAGUAAUUAUGUGUGAACUGGAGACAAUUGCAGUGCUGCGAGCGAGGCCGAGCUUUUCCUUUUUUCUUUUCCGAACUUUUAGUUAGUUAAUCGACCCUCACAACACUGGUGUCGGCUCAACUCCGAUAGCCUGGUGGUGAUGAGUCGGAAAUGACGAUCGAUCUGUCUUUUAACAUCUUU